AAUGGUCGACCGAGAGUUGGCGCUCGCAGUCUUUCCGUUGUCAAUAACGGACACUGGCAGUAUCCCGGCACAAAAUCCCGGAAACAUCUCGUUCGUGAAAUUCAACGAAUCUUCGAAUGUAAUUUCGAGUCGUUGCGUUUUCGUUUUGGCGUAGUUAAAAAUUCGUGGAAAGAGAGCGUGCUGUCGCGCGGGUUACACGAGCUACCGUUUAAACGAGAAUUCGCAAAACGGGCGUGCCUUGGACACAAUCGGCGACGUCCCUGACGUGAAAAUACACAACGGCAAGAGGUGGUGGACAACGACAGCGAGACUGCGACUGCGGUUAAGAUUGCGACAAAGAGAAGAACGAACAGCGGCGAGGAUAAAGCACGGGGACACCGUGUACCAGCAAAAUAGGGCAGAAAAACGAUAACGGCAGCGGUAGCAGCAACGGUGACGGAAAGGGAAAAGUACGAGUUACGACGGUGGAGAGGAACGCAGCACAGCCGCGUGAUUUUGAACGCGAACGCUGGCGUAACUGUCAACGGUCGGAUUUCGAAGUCUCGUAAACUACACGGUUUCCGUAAGGCUUCUGUUGCUCGAGAAUCGCUGCGUUUUUCUCGCGUCAACAUCAUCGACGUCGCGUCGUACCGUCGUCGUCGUCUUCGUCUUCUUCAUCGUUGUCGUGUUCGAUCCGGUGAAAAACCGGCCGUCUUACGAUUAUAGCCACGGCGUGAGAACACGACUAAAUGACCAUGGACCACGGCAUGUACAACAUUGAGACCGGCAACAGUAUAAAUAUCAAGAGGACAGACGGUCGUGUCCACUCAGCAGUCGUUUCCGGCAUUAAUUGGGAACAGCGCACCGUCACCGUAGAAUGGUUCGAAAGAGGAGAGACCAAAGGGAAAGAGGUCGAGAUGGACGCGAUCGUCGCCUUAAAUCCCGACCUGACGAAUCAAAAGACCAUGGAACCACCUUCGCAGAUCAACAAUCACGUGUUGAUUUCCAAAGCAAGGGAUUCUUCGGGCGAAGAGGACGAGGGGGUGGAUGAGUCGGAGAACCAAGAGGAGGGCUCCCUUGGACGGCACGGCGGUCAUACCGCAAGAAACGGCCUUGCAUCCGCAACGCUUCCUCAUUCAACCAAGCCGUCGAUUCCAGUAAAAGCGGGUUCCAACAGACAAUUGUCGCGACAAACGGGUCGGCCAACCAAUAUAAUGCCACCCGGUGUUACCGUGAAUGGACACGGUGAUUCCGUGGCUGGAUUAACGAGCCGCCGGGAAUUGGAGAACAUCCCACCGACACCUACGUCAACGGCCGCUUCCUUCAAUGCCUCCAUGGCAGCGCAGGCCAAACAAAAGCAACAACAGCUACAGUCUCAGCAGCAGCAGCAGCAACAACAGGUACAAGCGGAUAACGGGCGAGUUAGACGGUCGAAUGUGGUGAAAGAGGUGGAGAGGCUGAAGAAGAACCGCGAGGAAAGAAGACAGAGACAAGCGGAGUUGAAGGAGGAGAAGGAAGCUCUGAUGAACUUGGAUCCUGGUAAUCCGAAUUGGGAAUUUCUUGCUAUGAUAAGGGAAUACCAGAACAGCAUCGAAUUCAGGCCCCUUCGAGAAACGGAUAGCGUGGAAGACCAUCAAAUUACAGUGUGUGUCAGAAAGCGUCCGUUGAACAAGAAGGAGAUCGCGCGCAAAGAGGUAGAUGUGAUCAGCGUGCCUAGCAAAGAUCAGAUGGUGGUACACGAGCCGAAAGCCAAAGUCGAUCUAACCAAAUACUUGGAGAACCAAAUCUUUCGAUUCGAUUACGCGUUCGAUGAAACUUGCAACAACGAGAUCGUCUACAAGUACACUGCUAAACCUCUGGUGCAAACCAUUUUCGAAGGUGGGAUGGCCACGUGUUUCGCUUACGGUCAAACGGGAAGCGGUAAAACGCAUACCAUGGGAGGCGAUUUUAACGGAAAGACGCAGGAUUGCAAAAGAGGCAUAUACGCGAUGGUAGCCAAGGAUGUGUUUAAAUGCCUCAAGCUCGUUAAGUAUCGUCCGUUGAAUCUGGUCAUUUCCGCGAGCUUUUUCGAAAUCUAUUCUGGCAAGGUGUUCGAUCUAUUGAAGGAUAAAGAGAAGCUGCGCGUUCUAGAAGAUGGCAAGCAACAGGUGCAAAUACUCGGAUUAACGGAAAAGGUGGUGGAGACUUGCGACGAAGUGUUGAAGUUGAUACAGCACGGAAACAGUGCUAGAACGAGCGGUCAAACCAGUGCAAAUUCCAACUCGUCACGAUCCCAUGCCGUUUUCCAAAUCACAGCACGGAUACCGGGUACGCUCAAGAUUCACGGAAAAUUCUCUCUGAUCGAUCUUGCUGGUAACGAGAGGGGAGCAGACACGUCUUCCGCCAACAGACAAACCCGCAUGGAGGGUGCCGAGAUCAACAAGUCACUGUUGGCGUUAAAAGAAUGUAUCCGCGCGUUGAGUCGCAAAGGAACGCAUCUGCCAUUCAGAGCUAGCAAAUUGACGCAAGUAUUAAGGGACAGCUUCAUCGGUGAAAAGUCGAAAACUUGCAUGAUAGCUAUGAUCAGUCCGGGAAUGAGUUCCUGCGAACAUUCGUUGAACACGCUCAGAUAUGCGGAUCGAGUAAAGGAGUUGGCCGCGACUGAUCCAACGGAAAUGAAAGCUUCCCCGACGGACGACGAACGGGAAUUAAAGAUCGAGGAACAGUCGAACAACAGUGUAUUGUCGGAUAGCGAUUUGGCACAGCUUCGGUCUCUGAACGAGGGUGAGAUUUCACAAGACCUUUACACGUUCCACGAAGCGGUAUCCGCACUGCAAAUGUUGGAGGAGGAAGUCCUAGACACGCACAAAAUGGUCAUGGACCAUACGACCAGAUUCCUGGAUGGCGCGCGUAAUGUGUUCAGUACGACUCACGAAGUAGAUUAUGACCAAGAAGAUUUGAGACGGAAAAGAACAAAGUUUGAGUCGCCCAACCUGAGGAGGUUCUAUUUACGUAGACGUCUGAUAGAGAGAAAACAGUUUUCCGACGAAUAUGCCCAAAAGUGGGAACAGCUAUUGGUGCAGCAGCGUGAUAUCUUGAACGCCGCAAUCGAUCAAGUCAGUCAGUUUCGUGGACAAUUGUUGCAAGAAGAACAGAUCAGCCAGAAGAUGACGCGAACUCGUAACUCACGAUAUAAUUAACGUGGAUUAGUUUACGCGCGCGCGUCAGAAAGAGAGAGAGGGUGAAGAGAGAGGGGAAGAGAGAAACGCGAGUGAAUGAAGGAACGAAUGAGUAAGCGAGCGAGUGGAUGAGCGAGAGCGAAAGACAGAGAGACGAGGGCACGAAGAAGCAUCUUACGAUUACGAUAACGAUAAGGUGAUGGUGGUAGCGGUGGUGGUGGUGGUGGAUGGCAGUGGGUGAGGAUGGCAUAAUCAAAGGAAAGAGAAUACCAGUAAACCAUCUGAACGUUCGAAUACCAUUGGUUUUCCGAGCAUCGCUGUUACCAUGAUUCGUCGCAUCAGCUUUUCCGUUCGCGUUCCUUUAACCGCAAACGAACCCGUUUAACGAUACCGAAGUUCCUUUUCCUCUCCUCUUCGGUUUGCAAUCGAUCAUCGAUGAUUCGAAAGCACGAAAUACUCACGUUUGAGAUGCUCGACAAUGAACCGGCGAUAUCGAGUAACAAAAUGAACUGUGGCCGACAGACGAUCAUCGUCCGUCCAUAUUCUUUCGCAAAAUCGUUUACCGUAUUUCCUCUCCUCUUUUUGCCCAUCUUUCUCCCUCUGCUUCUCUCCUCUUUUCCGAUCGCUAGCUUUUUUUCUAAUUGUUCAUGAUGACACGCAGCAUCACGCACCUAAAUCAUAGCACGUAUCGGCGUACGUACAGAAUCCCGUGCCCCGCGCGCGCUUUAUUUUACCCGUAACUAACGUCUCCUUAUCAUUCAUUUUGAACGACGCUGUUGCGUUCAUCGGACGAUAAAUCCGUACAUACGUAGAUCACCGGGUGCGAUUAAAUCGACAAUCGUAUGUACGUACGUACGAACCGAUAACCGAAAACCUAAUGAAUCAAUGCACGCGCGUCUACGAUUAUCCAAGAUGGACUGUUUUGUGUUACCUCUAUGUGUCUAAAAGAAGAGAAACACGCUAAACAAGAUAUCCUUUAAGGACAGCGUAUCCUUCUCUUCCUUCUAACAAACUUUCCGAUUCGUUUCUCGCCGAGAUACUUUAGACAAGGAUUCUCGGUUGAUUGCCUAAUUUAUAUCGCCAAACUUUAAUUGCCUGAUUUCAGAUGGAUUGGAUUUUAGAAGAAAUAUAUAAAUGUACAUCUGUUAAAAGAGUACUUUCUCUUUCCGUCGAAAAGUUGGAAUAAAUAAAAAAAGAAGAGUUCUUAUACUGCAUACGCGUAUUCGUCUAAUCUCUCGUGUAUUUGUACGGUCGUGGUUCGUUAAACGCGUAUUUUCAACACUGACUUUGCUAGAUCGUUUAAUCGUAAUCGUCCCUGUCUUAAUCAAAAAAUCUCAGUUUAUUUAAAGUAUCCCACGUUUCGACAGAAAUUGUAAGUUAACUCGUCUGUGGUCAGCGAUCGCGAUAACUUUAGCCACCCUUGCGAUUAGUAUACGCGUUUCGCAAAAUAAGGUUAUAAUAUAAGUAUCAAGUUUCGUACAACGUUAAUUCCUGUGUAUACCAUAGUCUCAACAGUUACUAAAUUUCUGGAUGUCAAGUUGACGCGAUUUCAAAAAGUAUACCAUUUCGUCGUUCGCUUUUGAAUACUCUUUUUUUUUUUACAAUUUUGCCUGGUUUUAUUUAUUUUUUUUUUUUUUUAACUUGAGAACCUUAAAAUCCAUGUUUCUAUUUUACUUGCCGUCGUUUGGUUUCGUUCCUACCGUUUUCAGAUUUUACGGAGAAGCGAAUUUUCACAGACACGCUUCUCUAACCUACAAAUGCAUGCGCGCGUCUUUUCUUGCCAAAACGACAAUGUCUAGCGCGUUUUGCGAUCGAUCCGAUUUUUAUGGAUUCAAUCGAAAGUGGGACCGAGUACGACAUAAUAGCAGGCAAGGAGGAACGAAGAGAGAACGAAUGUGCAUGUGCACGAGCGAGUGUAUGCGUGUAUGUAUGAUGCUAUUGAGCGAAUGAGCGAACGCGAGAAGAUAGAGGGAAGAACGAAUGUGUGUGAAAUCGAUAGGUCGUCAACUUACGUUGUUGGCUAAAUAUGGUUUUUAUAGAAAUGUAUUUAUAUAGAUAAAACUACAUCGUUAUAUCGCAUUAAAAAAAAGGAGAGAUUUGCACGUUUAGCGUAAAGAUUUUGUUCACUCGUGAUACAUAUUUGGAUCGAACACGCUUGAAAACGAUGGGAAUUAUCUCUGUAUCGUUUCUUUCGCCAACAAAGCGUCAAUAAUGUUUUAUUAGACGUAAAAAAAUUAAAGUUUCGUAGCAAGCGAGCGUUCAAUACUUCUUUGCCUUAUUAUUAAUCGCACUAUAGAAUCGAAUAGCGAGAUAAGAAAGAAAUCGUUCGAAUCGGUGGAUUGGAUACUUUGAUACGAUGGUGGGAGCAACAUCGUUACGAUCGGCACAAAACGUAUCAGGCUACAACGGCGAUACUCUACUUUUUAUAAAAAGAGAGAAAAAUCUGCCGUCGAAACUAAACAAAGGAUUGAACAGAGACAAUGAUACAAAUGAUACGCUAUUUGUCUUAAUCUUUCACUUUCUUUGUCAUAUGCGUAUCAAACGAAAUACCCAACCCAGUUGUUUGAUAAAUAAACUAUAUAUAUAUAUAUGUA